UGAAAGAUGGCCGCCGCCCCUCAGGCUCCGCCCGCCGGCGAACUCUAAGGCCCGCGCUUUCCCCGUCCCCGCGCGCCGCCUCCGCCUCACCAUGAGACCGGUUAGUCGCCGCAGCCUGGACUGGAUCUACUGCGCGCUGCUGCUCGCGAUCGUCUUCCUGUCUUGGGGAUUUGUCAUCUAUGCCUCAACUGUGGCUGCACGAAGACAGCUAAAGAAGGAGUUCCCAGACAAAAUCUUCGGAAUGAACGAACACCUGUAAUCUUUCUGCAUUUGAUUCUCAGCACAUAGAUCUAUUCCUCAUACCUCCCCAGCACCUAUGUAGACUUAAAGUAAAAUUCACAAUACAAAA